AUGAUCAAGCAGCGACCAAUAUCGCCGUCGCUGCUCCCGACAACGGCAGCAAGCGCCGCUACACCAUCAAACGGGUCGCGAUUCGCUUCGCUGAGAAGAGCCGUACAGGGUCGGCCGAGCUGCUCGACCUCGGCUCGCACGGUGUGCGUGCUGCUGGCGGCGCUCUGCCUCGUGUUCUUCGUGGCGGAGAUGAAGGAGGCGCCCAGAAGCAUCCACACCAGCAGCGCGGCUCAAAAUUCUGCUAGCAGCGAACCAGACCCAGACUCCGCACCCAGCACGGCGGUGGUCGUGGUGAAAGACCAAGACCAUGAGGAGGAGCCGCAGAAGCAGGCGGAGGAAGUGGAGAACAUGCCCCCUGCUGCGUUUCUAGGAGGCUUGAGGCGCUUCGAGAGCUUCGAGGAGUUCGUGGAGAGGUCGAGAGCCGAAGACGGGCCGGCGGCUAUGCCAGUGGUGCCCUUGGACGGGAAGCAUGUCACGCUUCCUUCGGUCAUCAUCGUGGGGGCACGGAGGUCAGGGACAUCGACGCUGUUCAGCAUGCUUAGCCAGCAUCCCGCGGUAGGUUCGAUGGCCCCCGAACCCCGUCCGGAGUUAUCAUGCGGAUUCAUGGCGCAGGACCCAGAAACGUUCCCCCAAGAAGCCGAAUGGCCCGGCGACAACCUCGAGAAGGAGCUGCCGGCGAGCGUUUUGGGGAAACUGUUGGAGGAGUUUGCUCGGCCGUACACGGUGUCUGAGAGCAGACAUGAGGGGGUCGACGCGCCCAACCUUGUCACGACGGCGGUAAGCCCCGGGUACUUCGCGUCGCACCUGGCGCCGUAUCGGCUGAAGUUGGCCAUGCCUGACGUUAAGAUCGUCGUGGUGCUGAGAGAUCCCACGAACAGGUACUACUCUGAAUUGAGAGAAGCGCUGUGCGCGGACGAGGUAGAUUGGGAGGACAUCAUGUCGUCCUACGCCAUGCCUGCCGCUAGCAAGGACUACCUGUCCGACGCUGUAUUGGAUUACUCGCCCUACGACAAGAGAUGCCUAGGGGAAGGGGCAUCCGCCGCCGAUCUUUGGGCGUGCCAGAAGGGCUUGGAGAAGAGCCACACGCCGCUGUUGAAGGGUCUCUACGCCCCGCAGCUUGAGCGGUGGCAGCGGGCGUUUGGCGAGUCGCAGGUCCUUGUGGUCCAGGCCGAGAAGCUGUUCCAGGAGCCGGAGAAGACGGCAGCGGAGGUGGCCAAGUUCGCCGGCCUUGCCGCCGAGCACACGUUCUUCGAGUUCGCCGUGGACAGGGAGGCCUCGUGCGACCCCCGGAGGAAGAAGAACCCGGAGGUGGUAACGGCCUACUCCAAGAGAAAGGAGUCCGAGCCGCAGCUGCGCAAGUGGUACGCGGAGCACAACGACAUGGUGUCGGAGCUGCUGGGCGAGGAGAUGGGGUGGAACGACCGAAUACGGUCGGCCUUCGUCAGCCCUCCCGCCCCCUGA